CAUCCUCAGUCAGUGAAGGGAGGCAGGGAGACCGAAGGAGCUGGAGCAGGCGGCACAGGGAUCAGCGGCUCCCGCGUUCGUCCGACACUCAACUAGAGCUGCUCUCAAGCAGUAGUGGUGAUGAUGGCGGCGGCUGUAGAGAGAGGAGGCGUCCGGGCCGCUUUCCUGAACCCAAGCAGCGGCGGCAGCGGUGGACCUGCACCGACGAUGCCUCCGACAGGAGGGCUAGCCGGGGCUGUGGUCGCGGGCUCUGGCUCCGGCAGCAUGCCUGUACCCAUGAACCUUUUUGCGACCUGGGAGAUAGACCGAUCGUCCCCGAGCUGCGUCCCGAGACUCUGCAGCCUCACGUUGAAAAAGCUGGUUGUCCUGAAAGAACUGGAUAAAGAGCUGAACUCCUUGUCUAUAGCUGUCAAAAUACAGGGUUCAAAGCGUCUUCUCAGAUCAAACGAAUACGUCCUCCCUCCCAGCGGGCUGAUGGAGACAGACCUGGAGCUCACAUUCUCACUACAGUACCCUCAUUUUCUUAAGAGGGAUGCCAACCGGCUACAGAUUAUGCUGCAGAGACGGAAACGUUACAAAAACCGGACCAUCCUGGGCUACAAAACUUUAGCCGUAGGAGUGAUCAACAUGGCUGAGGUGAUGCAGCACCCGACUGACGGGGGCCAGAUUCUAGGUCUCCAUAGCAACGUGAAGGACGCACCAGUGCGUGUCGCAGAGAUCAGCGUUUUCUCUCUGUCCAGCCAGCCCAUCGACCACGAGGACGGCAGUGGACAGGCUGGCCGCAAGACCAAAACCUCAGACCGCUCCCCUGACAUGGAUAAUGAUUCAGAGGACGAUGACGACAGCUACUCCUCGGAGCAGGAGGCCAGCGAUGACGCUGUUCAUGCCCAGGACAUGUAUGAUGAAGACGAUGAAGUCAGGAAGCCCAAGAAAAACCGGCGAAAAAUGAUCCGAACCACCUCCAUGACCAGGCAACCUAACUUCAAGCAGAAGUUUGUGGCUUUGCUGAAAAGGUUCAAAGUCUCCGAUGAGGUUCUGGACUCUGACCCAGUGGACCAGACCCAGGAGGUGGAGGAGGAUCUGGACUUACUCUACGACAGUCUGGAGGUGUACAACCAGAGCGACAGUGGGCCGGAGAUCGAUGAUAACGACAGUGUGCUGAGCACCCCGAAGCCCAAACUCAAGCCAUUUUUUGAAGGGAUGUCUCACUCAAGCUCCCAGACCGAGAUUGGAAGCGUACACAGCCAGAAGAGCCAGCAGAGAGAACUGUCGUGUCCUAGCGGAGAUUUGCUGACCGUGGACAGAUGUAAAGUGCAAGGAGGUCGAUUUCAGGAUGACAGCGUGGCAGACACAACUGCAGGGGUUCAGGAGCCGGAACCGGAGAACAGCGGUCCCACAGCAGGAGAGGCAACUAGCUGGGAUGUCAGCGCUGAACGGAUAACCAGCUCGGUUGGCAAACUCUGCAAAACCGAGUCGCAGAACCACAUGUCUCCAAGCAAAGUGGAGAACCGUCUGCAGAGACGUCCUCGCAGCACCUCCAUGAAAGACCGACAGAACUCCAAGGCUCAGAGCGACAGGACCAGCAGCAUGGAGAGCGAGUGCUCCCCAGACUCCCGACAGAUAGCACAGGUUCCCAGAAAGUCGGUGUACGACCAGCUGAACCAGAUCCUGAUCUCUGACGAACGCCUGCCCGAGAGCAUCAUUCUCAUCAACACCACGGAGUGGCAAGGACAAUAUGUAGCCGACUUGCUCCAUGAACAGGGCCAGCCCAUUGUCUCCACCUGCUCAACUGCCGAUGUUCAGGCUGCCUUCAACACCAUCGUCACUCGCAUCCAGAGAUUCUGUAACUGCAACGCACAGACACCCCCAACAAUAAAGGUGGCGGUGGCAGGCGACCAGAGUUACCUCAGCACCGUCCUGAGGUUCUUCGUGGAGCAGCUGGCCAACAAGACCCCCGACUGGCUCAGUUACAUCCGUUUUCUGGUGAUUCCCAUCGGCUCCCAUCCCCUGGCAAAGUACGUGGCUUCCUUUGACAGCCGGUUCAACAGCAUCUUCAUGGACACGGCGUGGAGGGAGCUGUUCUGCAGGACGGAGCGGCCCACGUCAGACAACAUCGACGUGGCAGGGCGGAUCGUUCAGUAUCUGGCCGGUGCCAACGUGUCCCACCAGUUCCCCAUCUCCGAAGCGAUGCUCACCUACAAGCAGAAGAGGAAAAGAAGUUUGUAUUUUGAUUUUUAUAUCAGCCCUGACGAAGACUCCUGUCAGAAGUUUGUGCCGUUUAUCGGGGUGGUAAAAGUUGGGAUUGUGGAGCAAAGCCUCUCAACGUCAAUGGACUCUGAUGAUGCGAUGGGAGGGAUCACCAGCAUCCUGUCCUCCCCACCUCCCCCGUCAUCCGGCCCGUACGGGAAGGAGAUCGGGAGCACCCCCCCACAGUCCCCCUCUGUGUCCACUACCCUAUCAGGAGCCGGUUCUCCGUGUUCGGGCAGUGAAGUGAUGGGACUCCAGGUGGACUACUGGACGUGGCAGGGCUCAGAGAAGAAGAAAGAGGGCGAAAAGAGAGACGUCGGGUUAAAGAACACCCUCAAGUGUAAUUUCCGUUCGCUGCAGGUCAGCCGCCUGCCCUGUGGAGGAGAACUCACCCCUCCACCAAGCAUGGCCAUGACCGUGGUCACCAAGGAGAAGAACAAGAAAGUGAUUUUUCUCAGCAAGAAGCCCAAGGAAAAAGAGCUGGACUCUAAGAGCCAAGUGAUCGAUGGCAUCAGCAGGUUGAUCUGCACGGCCAAGCACCAGCACACCAUGCUGAGAGUCACCAUUGAUGGUGUGGAGUGGAACGAUGUCAAGUUUUUUCAGCUCGCUGCUCAGUGGCCGACGCACGUGAAGCACUUCCCGGUGGGGAUCUUUGGAUACACGAAGCCGGUGUGAGCCACUCCGGGCUCUCCGCUGCACUCCGGAGAAUUAGAAGAAACGCCAACAGGCUCUGGCAGUCGUAGUUUUCCUGUGGAAAUCUUACAGACUCACUCGUUCAGUACACACAUUUCAUGUCGUCCCUUUGAUGUUUUUGAUGUUUGGUGUUGUUUAACUUUUGUUUUUUACACACACACACACACACACUACAAAAAGAACAAGUACUAUUUUGUAAGAGUUGUGCUACCGCCUCGGAGGUAUUUUGAGAUUUUUGACAAAUUGCCACAUUUUGAUAAUGGCAGCUGUGUUUGCACUUUGUUUUUGUUAACUUUCUAUUAUUAUUUCUGUGAAAUCCUACAUUUAUUGUUGCUCUAUAGAUAACGGAGGAGUGUGACGGUGAUGUGCAGUGAUGUGUGUGAGGUUGUCGCGGACUGUGUUGAAAGUUUGGAGUUUUGCUGUGAAUCUCGACGGGAACCUUUUCUCCUAACUCGGUUCUUGAACUCGUCCCUUUACUUUGGGAAAAGGUCAUGUUUUAUAGGAAGGAAUGUAAGUUUUCUUUUGAAUCGUUGCUUUGAAGCACACUAAAAAGAAAAAGCAAGGUAUUGGAAGGUAGCUAUAGUGAAUGUAGCUAUAAACAUUUGUAACUGCUCAGCACGUCGGUUCAUUAUUGUGACUGCUGAUGGUUUUUUUACUCCCACUGUACAGUAACAACCACUUAGAAGCAGGGUAACAACCUAUUUUAACUCAGAAGUUGAAUGCCAAGAUUAGUUGCAGCAGAGCGACCCGCUCCGGAUUUUCCACCCCCCGUGUUCAGCUUCCGGCGUACUCGCAGUAAGUAGUACAGUGAUGUGCCAAAGUGGGUUUGUACCGGAGCUCUCGCUUUGCCCAAACUUCCGUGUGUGAAACUGGGAGCAAACCGAGUCUGUGGUCCCUGUGGAGAUCAGUAUUAGAAUUACUGAGUUACUCGUUUUCACUUACCGCUCCACGUUUGGCCGAAUAGAAACAAAAGUACGCGGUAAACGGCGUAAACCACGCAGUGAGCGUCAGUAUUACCACGAGGGAAAACGACUAGCCCACAACAAAAGGAGUUUGUCUCACCCGAUGACUUGGACUCGCACCGAGACAUUUAACUGCUUCUGUGGAGACGCCCGAGUCACUGCCUGUGUGUCUGUGUAGGUGUGCUAUUAUAUAUUUGAUGGUACUCCCUGAUUACUGUUAUGUGAAACUUUUUUUUUGCGAUAGGAAAACGUUUGGACAAAGGGCCUUCUGCAGGAGUUAGCGUUUUAUAAAGUGAAGAUGUUCUAGACUGGCAUUUUUAAAUAAGACUGUAAAUAAGUAUUUACUAGACAUAUUAUCAUUAAUCCCUCCUUCUACUAAAUUGAAAGCACAAAUAGUAAACCUUUAUUUCUUGACUUAAAUGCCAAAUAUACUUCCAGAGCUCCUCUAACGAUGAAGUGGACAAUGCAAAAACACUAUAGGGUCAUGCGUUGCUGCCCGCCCGUCUCCCGCUCUUUGCGAUGCACUUUCACGUGGUUCUCAUAGUCGCUCAAAUCUGGACUCAUUUUACUUUUGUCUUCAAAUGUUUGAGGUGUUUUAUUUAAAAUGUAAACCACUACCUGCAUGUAAAGUCUUUUUUUUUUCCUGCGUUGUCAUAAAGAGUUUAAGCCCAUCGUGGCUUUUUUUUACCACUUCGUUUUUCAUUGACCACCAUCUGCGUGCGUCUGUCCAGCUCUUCUCGUCUGCUGGUCAGGAGCGUUAACCUGGGCAGAGCUGGCUGAGAGAAGUAGCCAUGAGAAACGUCCACGUAUUAUCCCCCGCCCCGUUUACUCCGGAGGUAGCAUGUGGGUGUCUUACAAGGCUGGACCAAUGAGCAGGCAUAAUUUUACUAACUCCAACAGUGUUAAAGCUGCUCGUUCCGGUCAAACUACACCAUGCCAUCUCAUUGCUCCUGUUACUUGAAAUGCCACCUGGUGUCUUUGCACAAACCCUAUUUUAGAUGACAUGACAGUAUUUUUAAAUUCACCACUGAAAUAUGGGUUACUCUGCAUGUUUUACUAUAGAUGUAAAUAGGUUUUGGAUUUUUAUAUUGUUUUUUUUUCUUUCCAUGCUCUCACAAGCAGUUGUGUUUAAUAAACUUUUUAAUCUUCCG